AAUGGAGAGCUGAAAUUGGCAGAUUUUGGACUAGCUAGAGCUUUUGGAAUUCCAGUUAGGUGCUACUCGGCAGAGGUAGUUACAUUAUGGUACCGACCACCUGAUGUGCUUUUUGGGGCCAAACUCUAUACUACUUCAAUUGACAUGUGGUCAGCAGGUUGUAUAUUUGCUGAACUUGCCAAUGCUGGAAGACCAUUGUUUCCAGGCAGUGAUGUAGAUGAUCAGCUGAAAAGGAUAUUUAAAUAUCCUUUUAGUCUAGAAAGCAGUUUUUACGGUGUUCAGUAAUUGUAAAAACCAUAGGGGUUUGAUUGACCCUUGAAUAAUGGGUUGCUGGGUUUGAUUGACCCUUGAAUAAUUUCUAACCAAAUCCGUAAGUUACUUAAAACGUUAUGUUAUUCAAGAGGGAUUGAUUUCAUUGUAGAUGUAGCACUUUUAUCGUUGCUAGUAGGUUUUUAACUCAAAAUAUAUCGUUAGUAAGUUUGAUUCUUAUAAAUAUAAGUGUUCCAUUCAUGUUUAACCAUUUGGUACUUGGCUGGGUGCACCCAUAGCCGUAUGCAAAAUUGCACCAUUGAUUUAAAAUAUAUCUUAACAUUUUUUUUGUUAAAUACUUCACACUUAAAAUUUAUUUAAUAAAAACAAGUUUGUUUUUUAUAUGUUGUACAGGAGAGUUAAAUGUAUAUAUUCAUUUUGGGAUUAUUUUAGUUUACUCUGACAUUAGUUGUCAGUUUUUCUAAGCCUAAUACAUGGUUCAGUAAUAUGUCUAGAUAUAUUUACACUUGUAACAAUGUGUUAUAUUUGUAAGUGGUGUUUAACCCUAUAGGUUACACGAUUCAGUAAUAUGUCUAGAUAUAUUUACACUUGUAACAAUGUGUUAUAUUUGUAAGUGGUGUUUAACCCUAUAGGUUACAUGAUUCAGUAAUAUGUCUAGAUAUAUUUACGCUUGUAACAAUGUGUUAUAUUUGUAAGUGGUGUUUAACCCUA